AUGCAGUCCUUGGAAGAAUCCGAUACCUUUCUGAUUGAUCACGUUCUCGAAGCCGUGGACGAUAUGACCGACUCUAAGCAACCCAAGGUGCUUUUGUUUGAUAUUGGUGGUGUGUGUGUCGUUUCACCAUUCCAAUCCAUCCUCAACUAUGAGCUCAGCCUCGGUAUUCCGCCAGGAUGGGUUAACUACUCCAUCUCCAAGACGAGUCCCACUGGCUUCUGGCACCGCCUUGAGACGGGUUCCAUACCCAUGGACAAGGCCUUCUUCGAGGGCUUCACCAAAGAUCUUCACGACCAAGGCCGCUGGGAGGCAUUCUACGCCGCCCAAAUAGCCAAGAACGCAUCUCUCCCCAAAGAGACGCCACCCCUCCCUACCGUCGAUGCGAAGUACCUCUUCAACACCAUGAUGACCAACUCAAUCCCCCCGGACCCGUGGAUGUACCCGGCGCUGAAGAAGCUCAAGGCCAGUGGGAAGUAUAUUCUUGCCGCGCUGAGCAACACCGUCAUCUUCCCCGAGGGCCAUAAACUGCAUAGAAAGGACUUCAUGGACGACCCCGUUCGCAGCUUGUUUGACGUGUUCAUCUCUUCGGCUCAUGCUGGUUUGAGGAAGCCGGAUCCGCGAAUGUAUCGUCUCGCGCUUGAGAGACUGAACGAGUACGCCGCUGAGAAUGCGAGUUCUGAGAGAGGCCAGACCCUCAAGUGGAGUGAGGGCAUCCAGCCACAGGAUAUCGUGUUCUUGGAUGAUAUUGGCGAGAACCUAAAGGAGGCUAAGAAACAAGGAUUCAACACUAUCAAAGUCCAUCUAGGCAGGGCCUAUGAGGCGGUAGAAGAGCUCGAGAAAGUCACUGGACUAGCAUUGGAGGGCGACCAUCCAAAGGUCCCGGUGAAGCCGAAUCUAAAGGGUAAUGGGAAGGCGAAACUGUAG